AUGCUCUUGAUCAAGAAAGUGGCAUCCGCUUUGGGACUCUUGCUGGCGUUGACUAACGCCAGCGUGGCUCCUCCCAGAGACUAUGCUGGCAGAAACUACUUUCUUGUGGAGUUGAACACUCAAGACUCAAACAGACCAUUAUCUGACUUCAUCUCUGCCCACGACGAGUACCGGUUCGAAAACCAACUCCAUGGCCUCGACAACCACUACGUGUUCAGCAUCGACAAACUGCAUCCCCACAACGAGUUCUUGGGCAACCACAACUCCAACGGACACUCGUUGAUCAAAAGAGCUGCUGGCUUCGAGGACGCCUACGAUGCAUUGAUGGAAAACGGACACUUGAAGUCCAUACACUUGUUGCCGCCAAAGCAGUUGAAGAAGAGGCUUCCUGUACUCAUCACAGAGGAGCCUGAACAACACACACCUCCCCAGAAAAGAUUGGAAAUGGUGGACUCUUCGCAAGCAGAACUUAAAAAGGUCAGUGACCAGCUCGACAUCCAGGACCCCUUGUUUGCGGAACAGUGGCAUUUGGUCAACACCCAUUACCCUGGAAACGAUGUCAACGUAUCUGGCUUGUGGUUCGAGGGAAUCACUGGAAAGGGUAUCGUAACUGCCAUUGUGGACGAUGGGUUGGAUUUUGAAAACCCAGACUUGACAGAAAAUUUCAAUGCAAAGGGCUCCUGGGACUAUAACAACCAGGGUCCCGCCCCAUUACCACGAUUAUUUGAUGAUUACCACGGCACAAGAUGUGCUGGUGAAAUUGCUGCUGUUAAAAAUGAUGUUUGUGGAGUUGGUGUGGCCUACAACUCUCAGGUCAGUGGUAUCAGAAUUUUGUCUGGUGCUAUCACAGGUGCAGAAGAAGCCCAAGCCUUGGUGUACGGACUCGGGAUCAACGAUAUUUACUCGUGUUCUUGGGGUCCCACCGAUGAUGGCAGAACAUUGUCCGAGCCAGAAGCGAUUGUCAAGAAGGCCUUCAUCAAGGGUGUGCAGGCUGGACGUGAAGAUAAGGGUUCCGUUUACGUGUUUGCCUCAGGAAAUGGUGGUAGAUCUUCCGAUUCGUGUAAUUUUGAUGGCUACACCAAUUCUAUUUAUUCGAUCACUGUGGGUGCCAUUGACUACAAGGGUUUACACCCAACUUAUGCUGAGGCUUGUUCUGCAGUUAUGGUGGUGACAUACUCUUCUGGUUCUGGUGAGCACAUCCAUACGACUGACAUCCAUAAGAAGUGUUCAGCUACCCACGGUGGUACCUCUGCCGCCGCACCAUUGGCAGCAGGUAUUUAUUCCUUGAUUUUGCUGAAGAACCCUAACUUGACCUGGAGAGAUGUCCAAUACGUCUCUGUGUUGAGUUCAACUCCAGUGAAUGAGGAUGACGGUCACUACCAGACCACCGCGUUGAAAAGAAAGUAUUCUCACAAGUAUGGUUAUGGUAAAAUGGAUGCAUACACCAUGGCACAUUUCGCUGAGAACUGGAAGAAUGUCAAGCCUCAGGCAUGGUACUAUAGUGACGUUAUGCCAGUCUCGGAAUCGCUCAAGGUAGGCUCUGGCCCCCAGAUAAUUAGCAAGUCCAUUCUUAUUACACAAGCUGACUUGGACGCCAUGAAUCUCGAAAGAAUCGAGCAUGUCACUGUUAAGGUCAAUAUUAAGUCAACCUUCAGAGGCCGCGUUGGUGUCAGAUUGGUUUCACCAUAUGGUGUCCACAGUGAUUUGGCCACUUUCCGUCCUGGCGAUGUUUCCGGUAUGGGCUUCAAGAACUGGACUUUCAUGUCUGUGGCGCAUUGGGGUGAGCCUGGUGUUGGAGAAUGGUCCCUCGAAGUUUUUGGUGACAAGAACGGUCCACUCGACACCGAAAUAACCUUUGAAGAUUGGCAAUUAAGAUUCUUUGGUGAAAGUAUUGAUGCCGACAAGGCCGAGACCUACGAUCUCGAUGUGGACUAUGCAGCAGUUAGGAGAGACAGAAUGAAGCAAGAGCCAGAGCCAACCACUUCUAUCGAGUCGAGUUCCAGUAGCGUGCCAGAACAAACUAAUGAGAGCAGCGCCACAGAACAAGUUUCCACCACUGAAGCUAGCAGCAGCACCGAUACCACCACUACUACUAGUGAACCGGAAGAUAAGACCAAGACGUCUACUACCGCUAAACCAGAAGAUAAGAACAAAGCCACGGAAACUGGUACCAGCACCAAAACUAGCGAAGACGCUGCUGAAACUGAAGAUCCCGAAGAUGCAGACUUCCCAGAGGAAGAAGAGCCAGAGGGCGAAGAAGGGUACAACAAGCAGCUCAGUUCAGGACACACAGGCCAAUACUUCAUUGGUGUUGCCAUUGUGGGAUUUGUGGUCGUCUUACUUUUGAUGAAGUUCCACAAGUCACCAGGAAGCGGUCGUCGUACCAGAAGAAGGGAGGACUACGAAUUUGAUAUAAUACCCGGUGAGGACUACACUGACUCUGAAGACGAAGGUGAUGAUGACUCCUUUGACUUGGGCCGUGGAGGACGCUCCCACCGCAACAAUCGUUCCGACGAACCAAACUACCCCGACGGUUCUGAUGGUUUGCCAGUUUAUGAGGAAGAAAUGUUCAGAAUAGAUGAUGAAGAUGAGGCACCUGUCGAUAAAAAGCCCCAAAAGAAGCAUGAGGGCAACAAGUACCAGCAGCUUGAACAGGAGAUACCUGAUGCUGAAAACGACGACGGAGACGACCGUCUCGGCUCCAGCUCUGUCUAG